CCGCUCUAGGAUACCCGUUUAUGUGGGAAUGGACAUAAAAUCCCCUCAAUCAACAACCAGCAAUAUUUCAACUCAUUCGACACAAAGCAACCAUUCUACAAUUUCUACCGAUUCUACUGGGAGCAGUUCCAUCUGUACAAAUUCAGCAACUAACAUCCCAUCGGCUGUUAAACACGCUAGGACACGUACACCUUCAAGUGGUUCGAGCACACCACUACCACCAUCAUUAAAAUUAUCAAGAAAACCAUCAGGGGCGUCAGACACUUCGGUAUCGAAUACAACGUCAAGUGGAACACGUAAAGGAAAACCAACCCCUAUAGAUCAAAGAGCACCAUUCCGAUUAUAAUAAUCUCGACGAUUUCUUCUUUGCCUAAUUGUUAUUGAACAUAUAUUUUUUGUUUCUUUUUCUUUUUUUUUUAUAAUUAACGAUAUAAAAAAAAAAAGCUUCUUAAUCCUAAAUAUUUGCCUAUCGAAAGAAAUGAUAAGAGAAACAUUAAGAAAAUAAUAAAUAAUAAUAAUAUUAAUAAUAAUAAUAAUUAUUAUCUUGCUUUGUUCUGAUGUAAAAAAAAUAUAAUAAAAAGAAACGAAGUAAAAUAAUCUCGGGUGGGGUGAUGAUCCGCGUAUAAUCGAAUUUGAAAAAAGAAAAAAAAAAAAAAAAGAAAAAAAGAAAAAGAAAAAA